AUGGGAACGGCUGAACUUUGGGCAGCGCACUCAAAAGGUUCGCUACCCACUGACCAGCAACGGCUAGAGAUUCAAAGGGCCAUCAUCGCGGGACUGGCCUUGAGUUCCUGCUACGAGAUAGGCGAAUCGGGGGUUCGAUUCAUGACUCAGGCUACCCCAAAACGCGAACUCCCCCAGGCCACCUUGGCUUUCCUGCAGAACGCGACAUGGCAAGAAAACGGAUGCAUUCUCGAUGAUCACGGAGUUCCACUCAGACUUAGUGACUUCCCUGCAUUGCAAUCAGCCCGACUGAAGGACCUGCACGUGCAGCCGGAAGCGGGAUUGACCACCGCAGGAGAACACGCAGCCAUAAUUCGUCCGUCAUGCAAACGAGGCAAGGAGGUGAAAGAAAAUUUACGGCAAAUAACACGGUGGUGCCGCAGCAUCAUGCUCAGCUUACCGUGGACCGUAUGGACUUCCAUAGGCAGCAUCACUCAGCCUAUCGGGAUGCCGGUUGAUCAGCAGAGAAUCACAUGGACCUACAACAGCGCACGCCGAUCAAUGGAGGCGAAGUUAAUCCGGACAACAGAUCCAGCCUUCACGGUCAUGAGAAAUUUAGACGGUUUAUCAUGGAGACUCGCCCACGUAUCUCCAGAGUACCGUCAGACCGAAGAUUUUGAGCAGAUUGCGGAAUGGGCCAACUGGACGGGCAUUGCUUUCACGCAACCCCACAAACGGCCAUCUACCCCUGGACCCUAUCAACGGAGGUAG